GCAGCCUUCUUAGAAUCAAUCCUCCCCCUCCCCCCCUCUAAUCAAAUUCUUGAGUUGAGAGUAUUUUUUCCGAUCAGCGCAGACUUACGCGUUCGGUUUGAGACUAUUAUAAAGCCCAUGCGCCCCGGCCUCAUUUGAUCGCAGCGAGCGAGCUCCAGUCUCGUCCUGCUGCUGCUGCUGCCUCCUCGAUAGACAGACAUCUCUCUCGACCCUGGAGAAGCGCAAUCGUCGAUCGAUCGAUCGAGCAAUCGAUCGAGGACAGGAGAAGAGAGCAGAGCAGAGCAGACGGUGGCUGCCGGGUCGAGAAAUUCAUCACAGAUAGACAGACAGACAGUCAGUCAGCAGUGUACAGACAGACGUUGGAGGUUAGAGAACAGUAGAGAGUACAGAAGUAACGUUCCUUUGUUGAGCUGAGCUCGGCGCGGCCGUACGGCCGUACGGACGGGGCCUCGGAAGCUCGUUGGGGGGGGGGGGGUAUAAAAUGGCGAAGAGCGGGCGCAGGGGGGAGAGCAUAGGGCUGAUGGCGGCCGCGGUGGAGAUGGGCGCGCUGCCGGUGCCGGGGCAGGGCGCGGAUUUGGAGAAGUGCCCGAUGGAGGAGGUGUGGGCGAAGCUGCGGUGCGACGAGCAGGGCCUGUCGCAGGCCGAGGGCGAGGCGAGGCUCAAGUUCUACGGGCCCAAUCAGCUGACCGAAGUGAAGCAGAGCAAGAUCCUCAAGUUCCUCGGGUUCAUGUGGAACCCGCUGUCGUGGGUGAUGGAGAUCGCGGCCAUCAUCAGCAUCGUUGCCAUUCCCACCGAUCCCGAUUACUACGAUUUCGUCGGCAUCGUCAUUCUUCUGAUCAUCAAUUCCACCAUCAGCUACGUCGAGGAGAAUAAUGCCGGCAAUGCUGCGGCCGCCCUCAUGGCUCGCCUCGCGCCCACCGCCAAGGUGCUGCGCGAUGGCAAGUGGACUGAAAUGGACGCGAGCCUGCUCGUGCCUGGUGACAUGAUCAGCAUCAAACUCGGCGACAUCAUUCCUGCCGAUGCACGAUUGCUCGACGGUGAGCCCCUGAAGAUCGACCAGUCUGCGCUGACGGGCGAGUCCGAGCCCGCCAAGAAGGGCCCUGGCGAUGGCGUGUACUCCGGCUCCACCUGUAAGCAUGGCGAGCUCGAGGCUGUGGUGAUCGCCACGGGCGUGCACACCUUCUUCGGGAAAGCCGCGCACCUGGUCGACAGCACGCACCAAGUCGGCCACUUUCAAUCGGUGCUCACGGCCAUCGGGAAUUUCUGCAUCGUGUCGAUUCUCGUCGGCAUUGUCGUCGAGGUGAUUGUGAUGUUUGCGAUUCAGGGUCGGAGGUACAAGGAGGGAAUCCCCAAUAUUCUCGUGCUGCUCGUGGGAGGAAUUCCCAUUGCCAUGCCUACUGUUCUUUCCGUCACCAUGGCGAUCGGUGCUCAUCGUCUGGCGAAGCAAGGGGCGAUCACCAAGCGCAUGACCGCCAUCGAGGAGAUGGCCGGCAUGGACGUCCUGUGCAGCGACAAGACGGGAACGCUGACGCUCAACAAGCUGACGGUCGACACGAAUUUGAUCGAGACCUUUGCGAGCGGAGUGGACAAGGCGCAGGUGCUGCUGCUGGCGGCCCGAGCUGCGAGAAUGGAGAACCAGGACGCGAUCGACACCGCCAUCGUGGGAACACUCCCGGACCCUAAAGAUGCUCGCAAGGGCAUCCGCGAGGUGCACUUCUUGCCCUUCAACCCCGUCGACAAGCGCACCGCCAUCACGUACAUUGAUUCCGACGACAGGUGGUGGCGAGCCAGCAAGGGAGCGCCCGAGCAGAUUUUGGACCUCGCCCACAACAAGAACGAGAUCGCUGCUCGCGCGCACACUGUCAUCGACAGGUUCGCGGAGAGGGGUCUGCGAUCUCUGGGUGUGGCUCUGCAGGAAGUGCCCGAGAAGAACAAGCAGUCGCCCGGAGGUCCCUGGACCUUCUGCGGAUUGAUGCCGCUCUUCGACCCGCCUCGCCAUGACAGUGCCGACACCAUUCGUCGCGCUCUGGAGCUCGGAAUCUCCGUGAAGAUGAUCACUGGCGACCAGCUCGCGAUCGGGAUCGAGACCGGCCGCAGGCUCGGCAUGGGAACCAACAUGUUCCCUUCCACUUCGCUGCUCGGCGAGAACCCGCAAUCCAAGGGCGUGGAGGUCGACGACUUGAUCGAGGAAGCUGAUGGAUUCGCAGGCGUCUUCCCCGAGCACAAGUACGAGAUCGUGCAGAGGUUGCAGCACAAGAAGCACAUCGUCGGCAUGACGGGAGACGGAGUGAACGAUGCCCCGGCUCUCAAGAGGGCCGACAUCGGCAUCGCCGUGGACGAUGCGACGGACGCAGCGCGCAGCGCCUCGGACAUCGUUCUGACGGAGCCCGGCCUCAGCGUCAUCAUCAGUGCUGUGCUCGCCAGCCGAGCCAUAUUCCAGAGGAUGAAGAAUUACACCAUCUACGCCGUGGCCAUCACCAUCCGCAUCGUGCUGGGCUUCGUGCUGUUGGCUCUCAUAUGGAAGUUCGAUUUUUCGCCCUUCAUGAUUCUGGUGAUUGCCAUUCUGAACGACGGAACAAUCAUGACCAUCGCCAAGGACAGAGUGAAACCUUCCCCGCUUCCCGACAGCUGGAAGCUCAGCGAGAUUUUCGUCAUGGGGGUGGUCCUCGGAGUGUACAUGGCCUUGUGCACUGUCCUCUUCUUCUACCUCAUCCACGACACCACCUUCUUCGAGGAUGCUUUCAACCUGGAGCUGAUCGAAUACAACGACAAACAGCUCACCUCGGCCAUUUACCUCCAGGUUAGCAUCGUGAGCCAGGCACUCAUCUUCGUCACACGAUCCAGAGGCUGGUUUUUCACCGAGAGGCCCGGGGUGCUGCUCAUGACUGCCUUCGUCCUGGCUCAGCUGAUUGCCACCCUGCUGGCCGUGUAUGCGGAUAUGGGGUUCGCUCACGUGCAGGGCAUCGGAUGGAAAUGGGCCGCAGUCGUAUGGUUGUUCAGCAUCUUCACCUUCGUGUUUCUGGAUCCGAUCAAAUUCAUCGUCCGCUGGUCGCUCGGCAUGAGUCAAUCUGCCCGGACUCUCAAAAACGGCCAGUCCUUGCCUCACGACGAGUGAAUGUCACUGUGCAACCCUCGCCCACGAUGGAACGUCGAUGCUAAAAAAUGCUCAGUUCAUCAUCCUUCUUCUUCUUCUUCUUCUUCUUCUUCAUCGCUGGGAUGUAAAAAAGAUCAACAACUUUAGGAUUCUCUCUUUCUCUCUUUCAGAACGAUAGAUCGCAGGUACUCUGCUGAUCAGGAAUUGUCAAUAUGCGAGAAACGACUACCAAGAAGCUUGAGAGUGGAUCCAUUCAUUUUUCUUCUUUCUGUAGUUUAGGAGUAUGGUCAGAUUACCGAGUAUACGCACAGGGUUUUUUCCUGCACAAGUUGCAGUUGCAGAAUACAGGCGCAUAUUAGUGUAUAAUUAGAUCUACAUCAACCCGCACGAUAGAUGGUUAGUUUCAUUGUAGACCGUAUCGGCUGAGGAUCAGCAAUUUUUGGUGUGGGAUAUGGCAGUUUGGCUUAUAUUAGAUUUUGGCGUAGGUGCAGGCCUUUGUAAAUUAUACCGAAAACUUCAUCUCCAUGGACCUGACUUUCAUUCUCUUUGGGACAAGGACGACAAGUAUAUCAAAUCCAAUCUUCGGGUGACAAUUGUUCCCGAGAGUAAUUAAAUCCUCUUUCAAAUACA